AUGCUUUCAGAGUAUUUCAUCGCGUCCACAUUGGCGUCGGCCAAAGCUCCGACGUCGAAUAGUCUCAGGGAUGUAGGGAUCUGCGUUCAUGAAUUCCAACCUGCUCCCACCCUACGCUCCUCCUUCAAGAAGAGCUCGACAGCGGCCAAUUGCCUGGCCGUAAGUCCGUCGCACGUUUUCGCAGCUCAAUCAGAGAAGGCCAUUCUUCACGUGUAUAGCCGAGAAAAGGGAAACCAAGAAGCUACUGUCCCCUUCCCGGAGCGUAUUCGCAGUAUCGCAAUUGCGGGGAGUAAGAAUGGCGACGUUGUGGUUCUGGGCACUGAGGGAGGCCGAUUGAUUCUAUGGGAGACAUGCACCGGCAGACAAGUCGCCACGACCGCGUCACAUUUAAGUCCAGUGACCGCGCUGGUGGUGGAUCCCAGCUCCAACUUCAUUCUUUCCGGCUCUCAAGAUGCCAACGUCCAUGUCUGGUCGUUGGCCGACCUUCUGUCCUUCACAAAGGCCCCCUCUGGUCGGGACAGACAACCUCCGAACUCCCCCAUCCGGACUUUCUCGAACCAUCGCGCCGCUAUCACCUCUAUCGCAGUCGGACAUAGCACCGGCCGGUAUAACAUUGCUGUUUCCGCCGCCCAGGAUAACACCGCCAUUGCCUGGGACUAUCACACGGGCCGUGUUCUACGGACAUACCUCCUCCCUUCGAGCGCAACCUCUCUAACGCUCGACCCCGUGGAUCGGGCUUUCUAUGUGGGAUACGAAGAUGGCAGCGUCCAGUCUGUAGAUUUCUACAAGAGCAAUUCGAUCCAGCAUCCUCUUCAUGACCCGUCGCUACAAUCCACUCCCUCCCAACCACCAGCCGAAGAUCGAUGGGCUCCACCGACUGCCGAGUCUGGAGCCGCGCAUACACUCUGCCUCUCCUACGAUGGCAUGACACUAUUAUCCGGCCACCAGAACGGAAAAGUUCUCUCGUGGAAUGUCGGACGACGGAAAUACGCCUCGACUGUGGCUGAUUAUACCCAUCCCGUAACGAAUCUUUUUAUGCUCCCACCCAAUGGUCUCCCACAGCCCAGUCUUGAGCUGCAGCGAACGGCGCACACGAUCGUCAAACCCAGAUACGACAGCACCCUCUCCGAGUCUUCCCAGACCGCCGGCGUUGUACCGGCCGACUACACAUUCAGCACGCACCUCCUCCCGACCUCAUCUACCCCUACGCAGUCCAAACCCGAUCAGUUCUCCGACGCCUUCACCAACGCCACCUUCCCCGAAUCCAUGAUCGAAGAGGGUCUGGCCGAGCUAUCCCUGUUCAGCCAGGGCGGCGGCGCCAGCGGCACCCCCAUCCCAUCCAUGGCCUACGCAACACCGAACGAAGACACGGCCGCCAAAGACUCGCACAUCGCAUCCCUGGAGACCGAAAUCGCGCAGCUCAAGAAGAAAGCCUUGAUCAACGAAACGGCCCGCCAAGCCACCACCAACGAAGUAACCAAACUCCGCUCCGACCUCGUCAACCUACACGACCACAUCAGCCAGCUCCACCAGAGCCACGAGCAGACGCAGCGCGAAAAAUCCCUCCGACAAGCCCGCAAGGAAGCGCGCGAGACCAAGCGCCGAGAAGCCUGGUUCGCGGCCGAGAAAAAGGGCAAGAAAGGAGACGCUGUACUCCGAAAAAUGGACGCCGAGGAAAGCGAGCAGACCAGUGACUCGGACGAUCAUAGUAGUGAUGAGCAAUAA